AUGGGGCGGGGCUUGUGCAUGAUGCCUGCGCCUUGGGAGAAGGAGAGGUACCAGAAAGAGGUGCAGAAACGGAACCGGGACAGGGAGGAGCAGGAGAAGGAAAAAGAAGCUCAAGCUGCGAAACGGCAGAAGCAGGAAAUUGAGGAGCCUGAGGACUCAGAGUCUGAAGAGGAGUUUCACGAAGAGAGCGAAGAGUUCCUAGGGUCUCUGGACAUGGGAAGAAUGGGCGGGAUCUGGCCGCACUACAUCCGCCUCAUGUUCAUCUCCGGCUAUCGUUAUGUUCAAAGCCUCGACGCGGCCGCCCUGCCUUGCGACAAGCAGAAGAUCCUGGAUGCCAUCCUGAAAUGCUGCCCGUCUCACAAGCACAAGGUCAAGAACAUCUUUGAACGCUGCUGCAACAACGCGUUCCAUGCCCUCUACAUGGACACAAACAAGAGCGGCGCUUCGAGCCUCUUCGGCGGAGGUUUCGGCGGAGGUUUCGGGCGCGGGGAGUUUGGGCUUGAGGGACUGUUUGACACCCACAAUAUGUUCGAUGAAGCAAGCGUCAUGGACGGAAGUACAAGAAUGUACCUAGGCGUAGCAGGCUUGGACCCGAUCGCGGAGCUGGCCCUCGUGCGCCAGCGCGAUCUUCCCCCGCUUGUCGUGCGCAGGGCGGCCGCGAUGCUCAAAAGCCUGAAACCCUUCGUGCCGCAGACGGCGGCGGACCUGGCGGAAACACCGUACGAUGCCGCCGACGAGGACAGCGUGGAUGAGAACGGCUGUGUGCAGCUCCUCAAGCAGUUCAUUCCGCUCUUCGAAAAGGCGGCCGACUUUGGGGACUGUAUCGCAGAGCAGUCGUGA